UGCCCAGAAUAUUUGAGUCCCAGGGUAUUCAGAUUUCUGUAUAAGCUGAUCUCCCAGAACCUAUUUAGGCAGGAUCCGGCACCCAGAUACAACCCUUUGGCCUGUUACCACCAUGGAGCUGGGAGGAGCCUUGACCAUCUUUCUGGAACUCUGCUUGACUUGUCUGACCAUCAUUCUUGUCUGGAAACGAAUCAACAAGGGGGGAAAGCUUCCCCCAGGUCCCACACCAAUACCUUUCCUGGGGAACCUGCUACAAGUUCGCCCUGAUGCCACAUUUCAGUCUUUCAUGAAGCUCAGGGAGAAAUAUGGCCCCGUGUUCACUGUGUACAUGGGCCCCCGGCCAGUGGUUGUGUUAUGUGGACAUAAAGCAGUGAAGGAAGCUCUGGUAGACCAAGGAGAUGAGUUCAGUGGCCGUGGAGAAUUGGCUACAAUAGAGCAAAACUUCCAAGGUCAUGGUGUAGUUAUGGCCAAUGGAGAUCGAUGGAAGAUUCUCAGACGCUUCUCUCUGACCAUCCUUCGAGACUUUGGGAUGGGUAAGCGGAGCAUUGAGGAGAGGAUCCAGGAAGAGGCUGGCUACCUCCUGGAGGAAUUCCGGAAGACCAAGGGUGCCCCCAUCGAACCCACCUUCUUCCUGAGCCGCACCGUCUCCAAUGUCAUCAGUUCUGUGGUCUUCGGAAGUCGCUUCGACUAUGAGGAUAAGCAGUUCUUGCGCCUGCUGCAGCUGAUGAAUGAGACUUUCAUUGAGAUGAGCACGCCCUGGGCACAGCUAUAUGACAUGUACUCUGGAAUCAUGCAAUAUUUGCCAGGAAAACAUAAUCACAUCUACAACCUAAUAGAAGAGCUCAAGGACUUUGUUGCUUCCAAGGUCAAGAUCAACGAAGCAUCCCUUGACCCCCAAAACCCACGGGACUUCAUUGACUGCUUCCUCAUCAAGAUGCACCAGGUGCCUCCUCCCCUUCCCGAAUCCUUUCCUCUCACCUCCUCCCUCUCUACUGCCUGCACCCUCACUUUCUACUGGGGACAGAAAUGCAUUAUCUGGUCCAGCUUCUCCAACAAAAACACCUCCUGUCCUUUUUUCUGGAUGCUUCCAGCCAAGAUCCAUGAAGAGAUUGACCAGGUUAUUGGACCACAGCGGAUCCCAAGUGUCAAUGACCGGGUCAAGAUGCCCUACACAGAUGCUGUAAUCCAUGAGAUACAGAGACUGCUUGACUUUGUACCCAUGGGUGUCCCCCACAGCGUCAUCCGAGACACCCACUUCCGAGGCUACCUUCUGCCCAAGGGCACAGAUGUAUUUCCGCUGCUUGGCUCAGUCCUCAAAGACCCCAAAUACUUCCGCUACCCAGAUGCCUUCUAUCCCCAACACUUCCUGGAUGAGCAGGGCUGUUUCAAGAAGAAUGAAGCCUUUGUGGCUUUUUCCUCUGGUAGGUUUCCAUGGUCUAACUCCCCCGACACCAGGUGUGUGCUGGGUCUACCCUCCAGCCAUUGCUCUGUAUUUGAAGUUCACGUCAAAUGGGAAGUUGAAGAUUCUAUCAUAGGACUACAAAAUUUUAGAAUCCCAGAAUCAGGGAAUAUUAAAAACAUUGACGGAAAGCGUGUGUGUCUGGGAGAGGCCUUGGCGCGCAUGGAACUCUUCCUUUACCUCACCUCAGUCCUUCAGAACUUCUCUCUACGCCCCCUGGUGCCGCCUGCCGACAUCGACGUCACUCCCAAGCUCUCUGGCUUUGGCAACAUCCCGCCGACCUAUGAGCUGUGCCUCGUGGCUCGCUGA